GGCUGCUACAGCACAGUAACGCGCGCGCGUGCUCCUUUUCAAAACGUUUCCCUAAACAAUUUUCGCGAUAAAGCGCAAAUUCUCGUCGGAAGAUAUGACAUAAAAUUCGCUCCAAUUGCCACAAUAGUGAUUAUAUAGAUAAUUGCCAUUCCUACUCGCCGAUGAGAUUUCUCAUUUCCCGCCGUUCGCGAUUCCGACACGUCGAUGGUGAUCCGCAUGGCAUUCAAGUGACAUAAAAAACGACAGCUUUUUCCAAAGUAUUUUAAAAUUCGUAAAGACUUCGCGUAAAAGUCAAGUAAUGUGGACAGUAAAAUGUGUACGAGAUUAAUUUUUACCGCUAUAAAAUAAAACUUCGGACGAAGAUAAUGCGUAAUUAAAUAGGUGAACAGUAACUAGGAAAAAGCUAUUUUUGAAGACAAAAGAUCCUUUCGAAUAAUACCAAGCUCUCGGGCUUGCAAUUCGAUUGCACAUUCAUCAUACGUUUGUGACAUCGAUGAUUUAUCACUGCGGGAUCAGAUUGAAAACAGGAGGGCGCAACAUUCAAUCUGCGAAUCAGUUUUUGCUCACCUUUGACAUAUACGUUAUACAUACGAAAUAUGAAAACCGGGAUCAAUCGAAUCUACCCAAAAUCCACGCUGACACAUAUUCUCGUCGAUUGUGCGCAAGACAUCCGUUCUUCCGUUCGGGGCUUGCCCGUUGAUAUUGGUAAGGAAGAGUAGCGACGUAAAUCAUCGUGAAUUCAAAGCCCGAGGCGGACAAGGGAAACAUCGAAAUCGCACGAACAAGUUCAGGCCGGAAAUCCGCGAGAGUCUACCAACAAGCAACAUAACUUCUCGAUUAUGACGUCAUGAAGUUUCUGCUCCUGGCGCUAUUGAGCUGCAUCUGCUCGGCCGACGAUCGACGCUCGAGAUCUACCAAACAAUGGACCAGAAAGAUCGACGUCACGAAGAUCGAGAAUGUCUCGCGCGUGCCGUCGCAGAUACGCGACUUGAACUACUUGAACGGAUACGUGGACUCGAUGACGGAUACCUUCGUGAGGUUGCGCCAUCACGAUCGCGCGAAUAUACUCCACGGCCAUUUUCGCGGCGACGAUAUAGACCUACGUCACAACCAAUCCAGACAUCCAAUCAGGCAUGGACGUCGUCAAUUUCGAUCGAUGGAGAGUCCUCUGAUUGCUUGGCCUGUGAAGAAAGAAGCGGUGGUCGAAGGUGAUGUCGUAUUAGGUGGCCUGAUGAUGAUCCACGAGAGGGAGGACACUAUUACAUGCGGGCCCAUAAUGCCUCAAGGAGGCAUACAAGCGUUGGAAGCUAUGCUCUACACGUUGGAUACCCUCAACAAACAAGAAAUCAUGCCGGGAGUCAAAAUCGGGGCGCACAUACUCGAUGACUGCGACAAGGAUACGUACGGUCUCGAGAUGGCGGUGGAUUUCAUCAAGGGUACGUAUACACGUUGAAAUAUGACGACGAGCUUUGACACCAGUAACGUUAUACAUUAUUCUUCUGAUAUUCAAUCUUUCUGAUAUUAUAUAACUCUUCCGUGUAAAAUAAGAUAGCAAGUUAAUGAGAACACUUGCGUUUAAUCUUUAUAUUAUUAUUUCAAUGGUCGUAUGUAACAGUCAAACAACAGAACUCAUCAUUCUUAUCUCUCAUUAUCAAGAUUUAGUAAAUUAUACGUACAGAUUCAAUAAAUUACAAUUCUCUUUAUCAAAUACCAUUUAAUAAAUGUAAUUUAUUAUUUUGCACACUCGUAACGGGCCCUGUAAUACAGGGCUUAAAAGAAAGUACAUAUGCUCUUCACAAAAGCCGAUAUAUAUUCUCAUCGAAGUUGAUGUUUGAUGUUAACAACACAUAUUAUUAGUACGUUAUUGCCAGAGUGGUAUUCAACAGAAUUGUUCGCACACCACUAUUGUAUCGUAAAGUAACACGACAUAAUGUCGAUAACGACGUUCAACAACGGAUUACUAAUAUACUACCGCGAUAAGCUCCCUCUUUAUUGUAUCGACUAUUCGCAAUAGAAUAAAACGUAUUAGAAUAAUUUGAUAGGAAAAUUUAUCGUAUAUCACAUAUUCGCUGCACGAAUUUAGAUGUAUUUUCUAACUCGGUUUACACACACAUAUUAUGUACUUCAUUGCGCAUGAAAUGCAUAUAGACUUUCUGAAGCUACUAGAAACAGAUUCAAAAUACAACAGAACAAAGUUUCAUAUAUGUAUAAUGUAUAAAGUUUUAAUCUGAUUAACACAGUUGAGUAAAUUACAUAUCGAUUCCCAAAAUGUUACGUUUCCAGAGUUUACUGGAAAAGAUAAAAUGUUUAUUAUUACCACGAUAAACGCAAAGUGGUAUAUGCUCAGCAAACUGUCUAUAAAAAAAAAAAUAAAUAAAUAAAAAACAGGAAUGUUAUAUGGAGCGUUUUUUAAAAUUAUAACUUAACUUACACGUUAAGUUUUUACACGGCCAGGUAGAAAUGGCUGUCGCGUUUUUGUGGGGUAAUUAGCCUAUGAAACUAUAUUCAUCUAUUCGUAUCGCAUAUUUCUGUGGCAAAAAAUGCCAGCGAACAUCGUAUGAAUAUUCUACUUACCGCUAACGGCGGUUCAAGUAAAAUUAACUUAGCACAGGUACUGAAUAUUUAGUCAGCGGUCUUUACGUAAUCAUAGCGAGCGAUUCUUUUAAAAUUCUCUUUCCGAGAUGAAUUUAAAUAAAAUCCCACGGUCUCCCAAACCGUGGUAAUUUCCCCUCUUCUCACGGAGAGAAAAGAAAAACGUGACUUUCCCCUAGAAUGAUAUAAGGAUGCCUGCUAAAAAAUCAAGCGGUUGGAAGCGAGUCGCAGCCAUUCGUUCAUUUUAAGCGGCGAGGUAGCAAGACCGAGGGGUUUGGUUUAUGAAUUUCAAUACAUCUACGAAAAAUAAAACAACACGUUUUUUGCGUAGGGACGUGGACUUUGUUAUUAAAAACAGUAAAACUGGGUUACUUAAACGCUCAACUUCUGUUAGUAUAAAAAUCAUACACGAUCUAUCAAAAUCCUGUAAAAAAAUAUGUAAAAUUCGAAUUGAUAAACACGAUGCAUAUUUCAUAGUUGUUAUGUGUUAGGUUGAUGAGCUAUUCGCAAAAAAUUGCAAGUACAGUUUGAAAAACUAAUAUAAAAGGUGCGCAGAAAGCACUAUUUCAACCUUAACGCGUGAUAUAUACACUAGCCACCAUUAGCUUUAUUUUAUGACUCCCUGUGUACAUUUACUUUCCCGUGCUACUCAUUAAUUAUUUUUCUUCAGUAUAUCCUCACGUUGACGCAUAUUCUUAAUUCUAUGCUUCCGUCCUACUUUCCAUAGUGAUCAAAAACUUAGGAUCUUGUUGCCAUAUUUAACGCGAAAAGGACGAGAAAGCUACACAUCUAUUGCUUUCACGGGUUUCUUUUUAUUCUAAUCUAAGACGGAGAAAAACGAACCAAAAGUAUAAGCAAGCCUUCAUUAAUUUUUUAGUAGUUACAAAAUAAUUAAAAGUUAUCUAGAUUGUCAUAGAAAAAAUCUUUCUGUAACAAAGUUAUUAUAAAAUUAAAAAAUUAUAUAUUAUCAUUGAAUUAUAUAU